AUGGCAUCCAUCCAGUCUCCCACCCCCAAACUCGACCGAUACAUCAUCAUCCACGUCGCCACUACUUGUGAUGAACAUGGCGUCUACGUUACAAAGGACUCUGCCGAAGUCAUCGAGCUCGGAUGGAUACUGCUCGACACCAAGAACUGCGAGGAGAUCCAUCGAGAGAGCGUCCUGGUGAAGCCUGUCAAUACUCCUAUUACGCCUCUUUGCACGAGCUUGACCACUCUUACAUGGGAACAUGUUCGAUCCGCGGGUACCUUCCGUGAUGCAAUCAAUCGUUUCGAUACCUUCGCCCAGGAGAAUCUCUUGUCAAAAAACCUCGAGUUCGCCUUUGUGACGCUGGAUUCAUGGGACAUGCGUGUGCAGCUGCCUAGGGAGGCCCGUGAUAAAGCUGUCGUGCUACCUCCGUAUCUGCAGCAUUCCCGCACCUUUGACCUUCGAACGGAAUAUCAACGCUGGCAGCAACACCACCCAGAGUCCCUCCCCUUCGGACCAAGUGACCUGGCCAACAUCUGUGCAGCCCUGGAGGUCGAGCCAGUCCAGUCCUCCGCUCCCAUCAAGCACAACCUCCCAUUCCACCUGCAAGCCCUCGCCCCUGCGUCUCCCCGUCGGGCCAUGGAAGAAGUCAUCACGCUUGCCAGAGUGCUCCGUGGGUUGAUUCGCAAGUCUCAGCCUCCACACGAACACCCGGAGAUUAUGACCCGCCCUAUGGACGCCAGAGCGGAUGUUCGUGCGUUCUUGGCAGAGCGUAGUAAGGUUUUGCAUAUGAGUGGCCUGCCGCACGAUACCACACAGUCUGAAUUGGAGAGUUGGUACACGCAAUUCGGUGGACGUCCCAUCGCAUUCUGGACGCUAAGGACGCCAGACCAGCACAAGCCUACUGGUACCGGUUUUGCUGUCUUUUCGUCCCACGAAGAAGCUGCUGAAAGUCUUUGCAUGAAUGGUCGUGCAUUGAAUGACAAGGCCAUUGAAGUCUCUCCUUCUUCGAGCCGUGUCCUGGACCGUGCUGCCGAGAUCCUUGCACCAUUCCCACCAAGCAAGAAUCGUCCCCGCCCCGGCGAUUGGACUUGUCCAUCGUGUGGUUUCUCAAACUUCCAGCGUCGUACUGCCUGCUUCCGCUGCUCCUACCCAGCCGUUGGCUCUGGCCCUGACCCAAUGCCGUAUGCUUACACUUAUGGACCACCAAACAUGAUGCCACCACCCCACCACAUGGGUCAUCAUGGCGGUCACGGUGGUCACGGAAGCCACGGUGGUCAUGGUGGUCACGGCGGUCACGGUAUGGGCCACCACUCAAGAGGAAUGGGAGGAAAUGGCGGGGUUGUCCCAUUCCGUGCCGGAGACUGGAAGUGUGGAUCCGACGGCUGUGGCUAUCACAACUUCGCGAAGAACAUCAACUGUCUUCGCUGUGGUGGACCACGCUCUGGUGCCGCUGUUGUCGCUGAUUCUGCAUUCCCAGCCCCCAUGGAUCCCCAGUCCGGGUUUGGCAUGGGCGGCCCUGCCUCCAUGGCUAACGCUCCCGGUGCCGGCCCUUUUGCUUCCACCGGAGGCAAUUUUGGUGGCUUUGGCCAGCAGUUUGGCGGUCCACCAAGUACCUAUUCCCUCCCAUCAGGACUUGGGAAUGCACCAGGCCCCUAUCCGCCACCCAUGGGCCAAAUGAACCAUGGUGGUUAUGGUUCCACGAGCGCUUCUCAAUCUGUAGCAUCCUUCGGAAACCCUGCAACCCAGGCUGCCUUCACCGCUGCUGACCAUACCCCACAGCCUGUCGGUACUUCCAAUGGCGGCGGAUUCUACGGGGGUGACGGAGCAUCCGAUCCAUUUGCCUUCCUCUCGACCGGCCUUGGAGGCCUAACUGUCGGAGAUGAGCCACAUGGACGCAGAAACGGGGCAUCCGCUAACAAAUCUCCUGCCUAG